CUAAAAUCGAAUAAAUAAGCCUUUGAAACCUUUAAUUUGUCAAAAUUUCGGGGGAUUCGCUCCGAGGAUUACUUUCGAGGCAUUUUAAAGCGACGUUUCACCACGCCCACUUUGUUCUAGUCUGAAAAAUUUUUCCUCUCGUCGAGGACAUCGGCUGCCCGUCGGGGACUGACCUGGGACACCCCGUUGGGCAAAUCCUGGCGCCACCCAUUGACGUAUAUCCCUUCCCCAUGAUCCGCGCCCACGUUUGCGUGAGUGUUCACCAUCUCAGUACAAACAUGGUUGGGACUGAGGUGCGAAAAUUGUAUAAUAAUAUAGAUCUCUGGGUGCCCGGGUGUACCUUAAAACUAUCACCAAUAAUUCAUAUCAAUAAUAUAUUACAAAACUUAUUUUUCCUAAUACAAUUUAAGGUUGUGCGAUCGCACCUUCUCCAUCCCCUCCCCCCACUGCAUCCGCCCCAAUGCUGUACUUACUACGUUGUUACAGACUGUAUAGUCACAGAUUUAGGCAAUGUCUUAUCUUUCGCUUUCGACAUUCAAAUCACUAUUUAUUCAAGAUAGAAACAGCGUUGUGCACUUGCGUGACCUAAAGCCGUUUGCCAGUUUGCAGUAGUAGUCUUUGAUUUGUACGUCUAACGCGAUUGGACGAUUCGUUUACAAUGAACCCCCUUGUUAUAAAAACAACUCACGUUGCCGACAAAAAUCACCUCAUUGUUUACAAGUAACAUCGGAGCACCAUCGGCAGAUAGAACCAUGGAAACAGAGAAAUCACUCAAAUCAGCAACUGAGCAUCCUGACAUCGAGUUCCAGGCUGGAUCAGGUAUCCAUGUCUAUGAAGGCGUUCCCUAUCCGUGGUUUGUUCACGCCGUCACAUUGGACGCUUUGAAAACAUUCGAGGUUAGAAAUGAUGACGUGUACGUUAUUUCCUUUCCAAAAUCAGGAACAACUUGGUUGCAAGAGAUUAUAUCAAUGAUUUACUAUAAUGGUGACGUAGAAAAGAUAACAUCAAUUCACGUAGAGGAAAGAGUGCCACACCUUGAGAUGAGUACGGCUAAACCUGGAAACAUCUUGUACAAGAAAAUUGCUAACAUGCCACGUGAUAAACCAAGACUUAUCAAAACUCACAUGGCAUUUGAUACAAUGCCAGCUAACUUCCACAAAAAGAACGCAAAGGCAAUCUACGUUGCAAGAAACUAUAAAGACAUCUGUGUUUCGGCGUUCCAUUUCUUAAGGAUGUUUACAGCUUACACGGACGACCAAAGAAUGAGUAGUUGGGAAGACUUUCUGCUCAAAAUGAUGAUUCCAAUGCAAUCUCCGUAUGGAUCUUGGGUACAUCACGUGACCAGCUGGUGGGAGAAUCGUCAUGAUAAAAAGGUUCUUUUCUUGAAGUACGAGGAUAUGAAGCGAGAUCUUCGCGGAGCCGUAAUAAAGAUUUGCGACCAUCUAGGAAAGAAGUUGUCUGAAGAAGCCCUCCAGAAGACCGUUGACCAGUGCACAUUCAAGAAAAUGAGCAAGAAUCCAAUGGCAAAUUUUACAGGUCUCAAGGACUUUGACCUAAAUGUAUCCAAAUUUAUGAGGAAAGGUGGCGUUGGCGAUUGGAUGAAUCAUUUCACGGUUGCGCAGAACAAACUAAUGGAUUCUGUAUUGAGAGAUGGACUGAAAGGAACUGGACUGGAGUUCGAGUACGAACCGACGGAAGUCGAGCAAAAGUGAAUUGUGUAAAUACGGGUCUUUAAAAACACAUGUCAGCAUUUUUAAAGACAACGACAAAGAAGUAAAGGAAAAGAAAACAACAAACAAAAACUCAAAAUACAAUAAGCCUGAGUUAUGAAAAGUCUGUUGUUUAAACCAAAAUGAAAAAAAAAAUACUAUUCAGAAAAGUUCUAAAAAUAACUGGCAGUCUGAGACUCACCCUAGUUAUGACGUCAAAGGUCGAUAACAUAGUCACACAUACAUAUUUGAUUUUUAAAUACCUAUGUGUAUUAAUGUUUAAUGAGAAAAACUUGUAAUAACCGUAACUUGUAAUAAUUAAUCUUCAAUUUAAAGGCACCAAUUAAUAGAGACUAGUAGGCAAUACAUAUCAAGUUCCAGGACAUUAAUAUAUCAUAUGUAUACCUAAACUUAUACAAAAAUAGCACGCAAUUAAAAGGCAUGAUGAUCAUGAGACUUAUAUUAGUAUAAUUAAUUAUUUAGUAUUUGGUUAUGUAGCUUAUAUUGAUAUGGAUAUUGAUAUGAAUUGAAUAAAUUUAUAAUUUCUGUUGUCGAUGAA